AUGGACGAGGGAGUGUCCGCCCUCAACCCAGCGCUUGGUCUACUCCAUGUUGCAAGGAUCGUUGUCUCUUCGAGAAGUGGUGAUGAGGUCAACAAUUGGCUGGGCUCAUGGAACGACUCGUGUAUAGAUGAAGUGGAGAGGUGCAGGCGCACACAGGGGAUCUCGAACGCGCACAACAUUGAUGCCAUCGGUUUCCUACUGUCGUGCAAGCAGACAUAUACCGAAGGUAUUGAUUUCCUGUACUCUGCCAACUGCAUCAACAUUAGGACCGAGUCACUACUCCUUCACCUGCCUAAGCUCAUCCGGCACAAUCGGCUCGCAUCAAUUACUUCCCUCGAGGUCAUAAUUGAGGCGCAUCGUGUCGAGAAAGAGCAAGAGAACACUAUGGUAUCCUUCAUUUUCUGGCAACAUCACGGUCACGAUCUACUUGAUGGCCCAGCGCUGCCCUUGGUGGACGCCUUCUGGAGGUCCACGAAGUUACGCGACAUGAGGGUUGAAUUGCCUUCCCGCGAUUAUUGGGUACUGAACACCUCGGGGGCCGUAAUCGACUAUCAGCAAGAGGCGCCCACCCGGUAUCCGAGCACCAGAUUGGACUGGAAGUCUUUAGAUGGCGAAGAGCCUAAAGUGGAGAGAAGGUCUCCUGAGUGCUACCCUUACCCGCCUCUGAGAAUGCCGGUUCGUAAUGAAGAGAAUGAUAGCAAGGAGAGUUCCGGGUACUGGCUUUGA